AUGCUGAAAUUGAAGGUUGGGUUGAAGGGACUGGAAUAUCUGAUCAGCAAAUGGGAUGACGAGACGACUCAGUGCAACUAUGCAGAGCUCUCUAGAGAUCUUCUUUCUUCCAAGAACAAGGCAGAGUUGCUGGACGCAGCCAAAACCAAUGCGCUCUUCGACAAAGACAACAAAUACAUGAUCGUCAAGUGCAAACGUAAUCCAACAGUGAUUCGAUCCUUCCUCGGCCUCGCUUCAUCGGAAGACCCGCUUCACCGAGCUCCUUCGAACAUCGCAAAGUUUAGAAAGUUUGUGAAUCCUGACCGCCUUGAUGCCUACAUCGAGGCAGAAGAGAAUUUCGCAAGGUUGAUUGCCAGUGCCGACGCCAUGGCUUAUGGCUCAUCCUUUGGAGAUUUUUCCGCUAACAACGAAUUCAAGAAGGGUGAAAGACCCGAUAAAAAAACUGAGCAGUUUCUCAUGAAUGCCAAGAACGACAUCGAACAGGCCCGUUCAGCUCUUGCUGUAAUCGUUGAGUCACUGGAGAUCUGA